GAAUAUAAUAACUACUGAAUUAUACUGUAGUUUAAAAUGUGUAAUUUCUUAUUUAAUUUCAGACUGUAGAACUAGAGGACAGUUUAAUGCAUUUUCAUAUCAUUUUCGGGGAAGACGUUCUCUUGAUUAUAGCUUUCAAGAGGACAAGCCCUUGAAGAAAAUGAGAAUGUCCAAAACAGUAAGUUCUGUGAAACAGAGUAAAUAUUUUCGUAAUGCCACAUCAGCAUCUAAUGAAAACACAAACAUGCCUGCAGUGAAUGACUUCAAAGAAUUUGUUUUGGAAAUGCAAAAAACUAUCUCGAGCCUCAGAAACCAGAUAAAAAAACUUGAAUCACACCUCAGUAAAACUGAUUGCACUGAUGAAAAGGGUAAAUCAUAUUCCAGCAAUGAAACCUGGAAAAGGGACCCUUGCACUGUGUGUGAGUGCAAAGUUGGUCAGAUAACCUGUUUUGUAGAAUCAUGCCCGCCAGCUGACUGCAAAGCACCUGUGAAGGUUAAAGGAGAUUGCUGUCCAGUCUGCUUAAAACAAAAUAUUAAUAAAAAGAAGCCAUAAGUCUGCUUUUUUAAGAAUUUAGGGUGCAUACUCCUCAAAUCAUAUCAAUGCCUGCUGAUGGCAAGAACAGGUAACUACAGUCUUAACAACAGCAAGAAAUCAAGAUCUACGAUAUUCUAAUGGUGCUGUAACAGUAUAACAUAAUGUAUCAUUUUAUUUUCUGCCCAUGAAGGUAAUCACAAUGCAAAAAUUAACAAAAGGGAAAUGAGCAAACAGGUCAAAGUUAAUUGUGUGUUAAACUUCUCAGGUCAGACAAACUGGUGCUACUUUAAAAGAACACUGUCAGGUAGUUUUAUGUACCCAAAAUGACUGGGUUUAAGACUUACUCUAAAACGAACAUUUUGUUUCCUAUCUUUAAUUAACAACAUUAAAAGUUUACUAUCCCUUUUCAGUAUCAGUCUGAUGUUUAGCUCUUUAUUAUUAUUUAGCAAAUGCAGGGAAAAGGAAAACAUAAGGUCACUGUGCCCA